AUGAAGAAGAUGAAUGUAUUACUAAGAAAGUGCAAGAGCUUGUCAAAACAAUUAGGAAGAUCAUCAUCAUAUAGUAGCUUAAGAUCAAAAUCAAAGAGAGAAGAUUUAUAUGAUGGACAUGGCAUGGAACAAGAUGAAAAUUGUGAAACUAUAUUUGUUGGAAGCUCGAGGAAACGGUAUGUAAUAAGGUCAAAGUAUUUAAACCAUCCUCUUCUUGAUGCUUUGAUCAACAAGAAUAAGCAAGAUGAAAAUGUUUUGGUUGUUAAUUGUGAAGUUGUUUUGUUUGAUCAUUUAUUAUGGAUGCUAGAAAAUGCAGAUCCUAAGUUUGGUUCCGAAUCUUUGGAAGAAUUGGCUGAACUUUAUGUGUUUUAA